AACCCUGCGUGUAGAAUUUUUUCCCUCUACUUUUUGUGUUUACUAAACACACGCCAUCAAAAUGUAUGUGUAAUGUCUUUGAUCGGCAAGAAUGUAUGACAGAAAACACGGCAGUCUUUAAAAUAUAAAUUUUGGAAAAAUAUGUAAUGUAAUUAAAAUUUUAAGUAAAAAAAGCGAAAUUCAUGUAUAGUUAACAAAUUAUAAAAACCCCCAAAAAAGACGUUAAUAUAUUCUUGAAAAUCCGUAAGGAAAGAGCUGAAACCGUGUUAAUCGCUAAAGAAAAUUAGAUUUUCUUGGUUUUUAUACUAAAUUAUGAAAUGGGCUUUAUUUACAACUUCGAAGAAUUUUAUAUUUAUUUGAAGAGUAAAAAUUUUUCAAAUGAAAUAUCAAUUCUCAAAUAAACUCAACGUUUUGUAUAAAUCCGCAGUAAAUCAGAUAACUUUGAAAAUACAUUAAAAUUGAAACUGUUGAAAUUGUUGUAACAAAAUAAAUAUCCAAACUGUUGGCUUUAAAGCAACGUGGCUGAAGCACCAAAGCAGUCAAAAGCUGACUUUCACCCACAGGCGAUGCCUUCUGCUAUAGGUGGUACUGGACACGGUCCAGCCGGUACACAUAACAUUAAUAUACCAAGCAAUGAAGAAUGUGGCAUACGAGAUGUUUGGAAACAUAAUCUUGAUGAGGAAUUUCGUACCAUAAGAAAAAUCGUACAAAAGUAUCAUUAUGUAGCGAUGGAUACAGAAUUUCCAGGAGUAGUAGCGAGACCAGUAGGUGAAUUUCGAUCAACAGCCGACUACCAUUAUCAGCUUUUACGUUGCAAUGUUGAUUUAUUACGUAUAAUACAACUAGGACUUACAUUUAUGGAUGAUGAGGGUAAAACACCACCAGGAUACUCAACAUGGCAAUUUAAUUUUAAAUUUAAUUUAAGUGAGGAUAUGUACGCUCAAGAUUCAAUUGACUUACUACAAAAUUCAGGCAUACAAUUCAAAAAGCACGAAGAGGAUGGCAUUGAUCCAUUAGAUUUUGCGGAGCUGCUUAUGUCAUCUGGAAUUGUAUUAAUGGAAAAUAUAAAAUGGCUUUGUUUUCACUCUGGCUACGAUUUCGGAUAUUUACUAAAACUAUUAACUGAUCAAAAUUUACCAUCAGACGAAAGUGAAUUUUUUGAUCUUUUGCGAUUAUAUUUUCCAAAUAUAUACGAUAUUAAAUAUUUAAUGAAAUCUUGCAAGAACUUAAAAGGUGGCCUGCAAGAGGUUGCCGAUCAAUUAGAACUACGCCGUGUAGGGCCACAACAUCAAGCGGGAUCUGAUGCGCUGUUGACUGGAAUGGCAUUCUUUAAAAUGCGUGAGAUGUUUUUCGAGGACAAUAUUGACAACGCUAAAUACUGCGGCCACCUUUAUGGCUUGGGAACAUCCUUCAUCGUUAAUGGGACGAACUUUCACGAGAGUAAUGGUGAAAAUAAUAGUGCAACGUGAUUCAUAAUUUUAAAAGGGACAGCUAACACGACAAAGGUGAUUAGAUAAAUAAUAUCGAGACGAGAAGUUUUGGACUGCGAUGCAAGUGCAACAAUAAUUACCGCAAGAACAACAAUUUAAUACUAAAGUUUUAUAUUAUUUAACUUUCCUUUUUUGCUAUUGACAGUUUAAAAACAUAAACUCUAUUUAUUUUGCUAAACCGUUUUAAUCUUACAUUUAUAUAAACACAAAUUUUAACUAAAUUAUAUUUACAUGCAUGUACACUCUUAGUAACAAUAUAAAAAAUUUUAAUUUUCUGUCUAUGAUUAAGUCC